UCUCUUCCCGUCUGAUUUUUUUUAAAUAUAAAAAACAAAACAUAGUAAGCUCUCAUGUGAGUUUGUUUACAAGGCUAAAUCAGAAAAGAGUACUCUUCUGUUUUCUGCGAGGUUGAGUGAGCUGCUAUGUUUUUUAUGUUUGAACUUGCCCAGCUUAACUGCGUUUAUAUAAAGUUCACCUAGAGAGAAAAAUAAAACAGGUAGCCAUGAGCUAGUAUUUGUGUCGCUGAAAUAGUUUGCAGGUCGAAACGGCUGGCCGUGAUUAUUCUGGCUCACCACGCAUGGGUCUUCAUAUACAAAUACAAUGGCAGGACAGAGCUGAUUAUUCUCUAACAUACAUUUUACGCUUUAAAUAGAUAUGGCCACUAAACCCUUCAGGCCAGAGGAAGCACGUAGGAUCAUGCGGUUUCUGCAUAGGCCAGCAGUUUUCCUCAACAUGACUGAUAACUGGCCAGCACGGGACUGGACUCUGGAACAUCUGGUAGUUCAUCUAGAAGAGCAGUCUGUGUGUUUUCGUAUUGGGAAACAGUGUAAACAGAAAUCUCCUCUCUUUGAGACAGAGUGCUCAUAUGUUGAAGCAACUCUUGCGCAGUUUCUGUGUUGGACGAGGGGAAGUGACGCUGCAUCUGAAGGCCCAUUUGCUGAUUAUCCCCUUUCAGAGUACUGGGCUUAUGCAGACUACAAGUAUAUUGCGCUUCUUUUUCAGGACAAGGCCACCAUGUUUAAGGAUGUAGUGUGGUCUGACUUUGGCUAUCCAGGCCGUGAUGGAAGAGAGAGCACUCUUUGGGUUGGUACGAAUGGUGCCAACACUCCAUGUCACCUGGACUCCUAUGGAUGCAAUCUUGUCUUCCAAAUUCAAGGCAGAAAACGCUGGCAUCUCUUUCCUCCUGAUGAUACAGAAUGUAUGUACCCAACACGUAUACCAUAUGAGGAGUCCAGCGUGUUCAGUCAGGUCAACAUAAUACAUCCAGACAUGCGCCGAUUCCCUGCUUUCCGAAGAGCUAGAGCCCACUGUGUCACGCUGGAGCCGGGUCAGGUUCUUUUUGUCCCAAGACACUGGUGGCACUAUGUGGAAUCAGUAGACCCAGUAACUGUCAGUGUCAACUCAUGGAUUGAGAUGGAGGUGGAUGAUGAAACCCGAAUAGGAGAAGCUCUGAGCAAGACCAUUAUCUGUGCGCUAAAGACUAAACCAAGUGUAGAUAACAAAGACAACUGGCUCAAUCCUACUGAGGAUGGGAUCGCUACACAUGAUGAAAACAUGCAGUACUUGAAUCUAGCAGUGAAGGCUUACAUGAAUAAAAGGGGCUUACAUACUGAAGACCAGGCCAGAUGUGCAGAACAACCCAGUCCCUCAGCUUUGAAGCGGGAUUCUGGUGGUCAUUUGAAGGCCCAUGUCAUUGAACCCGUCACCUCUUUUUCAUUGCCCUAUGGACCGCACCUCAUCCCUGUCACUUGUCAUGCAGACACGUCUCAGAAAUCCACAGUGACAAACCUCAAAGAGACUUUCAUUUCAAAAGAUGAUGCGCUCUUUUACACGCAGAAAAGAGCAAAGCCCCUGCAUACAGAUAUACAUGGAAAAGAAGAGGCAAUCAGUAUACCAGAGCAGGAAGAUGAUGAUGGAAAUGCUGGUGCAACAUGUGGUCGAAUAUCCACCAAUGAUGUGCUGGACUGCCUGCUGCAUCCUGAUGUUAUUGCCCUUGUUACAAAGCUAAUGAUAGGCAGACAGAAAGAGUUUGACUAGACAACUCAGCAAGCAAUUUUAUACACUGUAUUAACUUUACACAUAAAAUAUUGAUGUCAAUAAAGACUUAAUUGCUAAUAAUUAUUAAUCAU